AUGGGAGCUUAUAAGUACCUCGAAGAGCUUUGGAAGCGCAAACAGUCGGAUGUGCUGCGCUUUCUGCUGCGUGUACGUGCUUGGGAGUACCGCCAACUGCCGGUCAUCCACCGCGUGAAUGGACCCACCCGUGUAGACAAGGCUCGACGUCUCGGAUAUAAGGCUAAGCAGGGCUUCGUGAUCGUACGUGUUGCCGUGCGUCGUGGUGGCCGCAAGCGCCCGAAUUCGAAGGGUAUUGUGUAUGGUAAGCCCAAGCACCACGGUAUCAAUGAGCUUAAGUUUGAGCGCAACCUACGUUCCGUGGCCGAGGAGCGCGCCGGCAACAAGUUUACGAACCUGCGCGUUCUUAACUCGUACUGGGUCAACCAGGAUGCGACGUACAAGUACUUCGAAAUUAUUAUGGUAGACUACUCGCACAAAGUCAUCCGUCGUGACCCCCGUAUCAACUGGAUCGCUAAGGCUGUGCAGAAGGGCCGCCAGCAGCGUGGUCUCACGUCGGCUGGUCGCCAGGGUCGUGGUUUGCGCAAACGUGGCCACCGUGCCAACAAGAUCAUCGGUUCGUCCUUCCGUCAAAACUGGAAGCGUCGCAACACGCUGUCGCUGCGUCGCUACCGAUCGUAG